AUCCACCUCCCACGAUUAAGCUCCUCCCUACCCUUGCUAUGUCCACCCCGCUGGCGAUCCACGCGGCCUUCAGCCCCAAGCCGGAGCGCCGCGCCGACUUUCUGCCGGAAUCGCUCACACAAAUCUCGCCCUACGUGACAUCCUCGCUCCUGAACGUGUUUCCCUACUUGUGUCUCGCAGACCACGUGUUGCAGAAGCUCACAUGGUCUGAGCAGGCCGAUCCGUACUCCAACUUCAUCUCUCUCGUCAUUGUCACGACGUUUUUUGUGUACUGGGACACCAUCAAACAGUGGUUCUUCCCGUUCUUUCUCUCGCUCUGGUUUGCCAUCGUCGUCUGGCUGACCCAGUCGAUCCUCGUCGACUCCAAGUCGAAUGAAAAGCCGACACUAGACGAGAUUGUGAACGUGUUGAAUAACGUGGUGACCCAGAUAGACUUCUGCGUGGCGCCGUUCAAAAACGUGGCCACGGGUAGACAGGGCCUCUUCCGCCUCGUGCGCGCGCUCGUGCUGCUCUCGCCGCUCUACGUUGCGGCGUUCCGAUUCUUUGUGCCGCCGCGCUACUUUCUUCUUGCGCUCGUGCUCUUCGGCGCGACGUACCAUUCGCGCCAGGCGGUUGCGACACGGCGCCUCCUCUGGCGCAGUAUGUACAUCCGCAUGGCUGUGUUCUAUCUCACCGGCUAUGACUCUACCCGGCCCUCCUCCGCCCAUCCCCAGGGCAGGGGCCAUGGUACUAUGCCGGGACAGUCGUUCAGAAUUGUAAAUAAGUCAAACAUCUCCUUCACCCAGGAGGGCCAGUUGAUCGAGUUUGCCAUCUUGGAGCACCAGCGCCGCUGGUUGGGUCUCGGCUGGUGUGCUUACUUGUUUCCGUCCGAGCGCAGUCCCCACACGACGGAGACGUUGGUGGAAACGAGCUCGCCCGAAAAGUUUGCCUUCCCCUCGUUCGAUUUAUCCACUACCGAGUACCGAUGGAAAUGGUCCGACGAACAGUGGAAGACAGACGAGAGCUUUAAUCACGGGAAGGUUGGCGUGGACGGAUGGUGUUAUUACGACAACAACUGGCAGUACGCCUCGCCGGACGACGGGUUGUUGAAGUAUACCAGGACGCGAAAGUGGAAACGGAGGGCAUUGCUUGUUAUUGACAAGAAAUAAGGUUGAUUCAUGGCGAUACCAAGAGCAGGGUCCACUGAGCUGCGACGUUGAGGAGCUAUGGAUAUUUUAUUGUAAAAUACCGCUCUGCGACUUUCCCGGACUGACCCUCGUGCUUUUCCUGAGCGUGUGGGUUUCAUGCUGCGAAAAAGCCUUUUGAUAUGCAUCACUUGGCCGUACUUCGGUAACAAAGGUCUAGCCAGCGUUAUACUUGAAUAAAGAGACGAUACCCCAUUGCCUGUUGGCACACUUCAAUAUCCCUUGGCCCUUUGGUAUGUUUUUUUUUAGUUCAGUC